CAUUGAAGUUAAUGCCAAUGCCGCUCUCUUUCUGCUUUCUGCAUCUCAUCGACCUUAUUGCCUAAUCUUCCCAACCCCUCACCUUCCUCUCUUUAAUGGAACUGGCAAGGUACUUCGGCCGGAGAAAAUCCGACUACAGGAGGAUAGACGGGUCGGGUCACGGACGUCGCCGUAGAACCGUGGUGUUGGGUAACGGUUCGAGUAGGAGGAGACGGUUGUGGCGGGUGAGGCCCAAGAUUGGAAUCGUGAAGCUGGUUGCUGCUCCGAAGAGGUUCCUUGUUUGGUUACGCGACGCGUAUGUGAAGAUGAUGAUGGCAUUCGCCGAGUCGAGCGUGAUGAGUGCUUCAUAUGGUGGGUACGCGUAUGGGAACGCGGGGAUGGGAAAGCCCCGACUGAAGGAGUAUGAUGAGAAGAUGAUCCUUGAGAUCUAUAAAUCCAUUGUAAUGGCGCAAGAUCAUGCGAUGGUGCCGCGUGGUGCCGGAAAACUUGGGUCUCCGCUGUCGCCGGUGAUGGAGUAGUAGUGCGGUGGUGGUAUGUUGCUUAAUUUGGUUGGUGUUGUAAUGCUUUUUAUUUUUCGUGAUAGAAAUGUAAAUUUACACAAUGUAAUGGCAAUAAGUAGAUCCAUUAAGGUUUUUCCAAACAAGAUAAAAUGAAAGAAAAAUUUCAACAAAAUAUG